AUGGCUGGAUUGUUUAGUCGUGACAGAAAGAAGGGCAAAAAUCAUCAUCGUAAAAAGAAGAAAAACAGAAAGCAUCAUCGAAAGAACAGACAACGCAAGAAUAAACAAAACAAAGGUGAUCAUAACAAGGACAAAAAUCGCAAAGAUGAUGACAAUCAAAAGAACAACAAAAAGAAACAGGGAAAACAACGUCAUCCUGCUAGCACGGAUUAUGAUGUUCAUGGUGUGUUGAAUGCAGUCUUUCCCAGCGCCCAAUGCUCAAACCCAAAAGCUACUGCAUUGAGACCAAAUGGUUGCAUCAGCUUCCUCAACUGCGGUAUUCAUUCCAAGAGCGGAUGGAAUCCACCACCGGUCAAGUUGAAAGAUUUAAAGAUCUUGUCAGGGCAAGCGGCUGCGCAAAAGCCAGUCUUUGCUCCAUGCAAGAAGUAUUUGAGCAUCUUCAAUUCUAUCGAACAAGAAACUGGUGUUCCUACAACUGUUUUGAUGUCCUUUGCCAUGCAGGAAUCGUCGUGCAAUAAAGGAUGCACUGGUCCGAAUGGAGAAAUCGGACUGAUGCAACUUACAAAAGAAAAUUGUAGGGAAAUGGGUGUAAACCCUGGAGAUGCAUGGGAUCCAGAAACCAAUAUCAGGCUUGGAGCGAAGCAAUUCAAGCAGUAUCUCGACCAAAAUAACGGAAAUGUCAUCAUUGCCAUCGGCAUGUACAAUGGAUGGUAUAAAGGUCUCACAGAAUCCAAAGCUCGAAACAAACAGUACGGCUGUGGGGCCCAGAACAACCUUGAUUACCUUGAUCAAACACUAAACGCUUGGUGGCAAGGCAAAGAUGGUUAUACGAAGGAUUUCCAAACGUACAACAAUCUCGCGGAAUGUGGUAAUAUGGAGUAA